AUGGAGAGAUACUUCAUUGAAGAAGGCUUUGGUAACUUACUUAUUAUAAGUGUAUAUGUUGAUGAUCUAAUUUAUACAAGUGACAGUGAGUACAUGUUGGAAGAAUUCAAAGCAUCCAUGAUGAAGACAUUCGAGAUGACGGACCUGGGACUCAUGAAAUACUUUCUUGGGAUAGAAGUGAUGCAAACAUUGCAUGGGAACUUCAUAUGCCAAAAGAAGUGUGCUAAGGAGAUUCUGCAGAGAUUUGGCAUGGAAGGAUGCCAAUCGGUAAUGACAGCGAUUGUUCCUAGAACUAGACUGCACAAAGACACGAAGGAAGCUGUAGUAUGCGAGACAAACUUCAAACAGAUUGUAGGUAGUCUCAUGUACCUUACUACUACAAGACCUGACUUAAUGUUUGGUGUAAGUCUUAUUAGCAAAUACAUGAGUAAACCAAUAACUCUGCACCUUCAAGCAGCAAAGAGGAUACUAAGGUACAUAAAAGGCACAAUUGAUUAUGGCAUUAUGUACAGGAGGUAUGGUGGAGGACUUGUUGGCUUCACCGACAGUGAUUAUGCUGGUGAUUUAGAUGAUCGAUGA